GCCCCUCGUCCCCGGGGCCCCCGCGCCCCUGCCCCCCACGCGAGCCCGGGCCAUGGCGGCCGUGCGCGGGGCGCCCCUGCUUGGCUGCCUCCUGGCGCUGCUGGCGCUGUGCCCCGGGGGGCGCCCGCAGACGGUGCUGACCGACGACGAGAUCGAGGAGUUCCUCGAGGGUUUCCUGUCGGAGCUGGAGCCCGAGACCCGGGAGGACGACCUGGAGGCGCCGCCGCCCCUCGAGCCCACCCUGCGCGCCCGCAAAGCCCAGACGGGGGGCAAGCCUGGGGCGCGCCCGGCGGUGGCCAAAGAGGCACCUGUGGAAAAGGCCAAGGACAAAGGGAAGAAAGGGAAGAAGGACAAAGGCCUCAAGGCGACCAAGCAACCCCUGGAGGGGUCCCUUAAGCCACCCAAGAAACCCAAGGAGAAGCCUCCUAAGGCCACCAAGAAACCCAAGGAGAAGCCACCCAAGGCCACCAAGAAGCCCAAGGAGAAACCACCCAAGGCCACCAAGAAGCCCAAGGAGAAACCACCCAAGGCCACCAAGAAGCCCUCGGCUGGGAAGAGGCCCCCCACCCCGACCCCCUCAGAAACCCCGUGGUGGCCACGGCCCCUGCCUCCCGGCCCCGGCCCCGAGGAGCUGCCGCAGGAGGGAGGCGGGGCCCUCCCAAGUCCUUGGGUGGGUCCAGGAGGAGAAACUGACCCGGAGAGCCAGUCUGAGCCGGAGGAGGAGGCCGAGCCACCCACGCUGGACUACAACGACCAGAUAGAGAGGGAGGACUACGAGGACUUUGAGUACAUCCGGCGCCAGAAGCAGCCCCGGCCACCCCCCAGCAGGAGGAGGCCUGAGCGGGUCUGGCCGGAGCGCCCGGAGGAGAAGGCCGAGCCGCCUGGGCCUGCGCCGGAGGCUCCCAAGGAGAGGAUCGAGCCGCCUCUGAAGCCGCUGCCGCCGCCCCUGCCUCCUGACUACGGGGAUGGCUACGUGAUCCCCCACUAUGAUGACAUGGACUAUUACUUCGGGCCUCCCAGACCCAGGAAACCCCACACUGAGCUGGAGACAGAUGAAGAGAAGGAGGAGCUGAGUGAGUGGAACCAAGCUGCUCCUAGCCCCAGCCUGACCCCCACCGAGACCUACACAGUGAACUUUGGGGACUUCUGA